AUGGCAGCUAUUUCAAUUAAUGCUCCCGGUUUGAGCAGCGGCCUCCUCUACAAUAAUGGCUCGAAUAAUGCGCGACUGUGCGUCACCGCCGAAACUAGCGAGUUUGACGCGGAGACGAUCAAAAACUGGCAGGAUGAAGGGUUCGAUGUUGUCUAUCUCCCACUGGAUGGAGGUGGGAAGGACUAUGAGAGUCGCCUUAAAAGUGUAAAAGAGGGACUGGGUGUUGGCGAGAACUACGGCGUGGUCGCUUUUGGUGAAGCAGCAAACUACUGCCUGGAUUACUAUCUGAAACCCAUGAAUGCUAGCCGGCUCUGCACACUUGUUGCCUACUACCCAAGCAACAUCCCCGACACGCGAUCGCGCUUUCCGCUCUCGCUUCCUGUCCUGGUACAUCUAGCUGGUGACAGUGUCGACGUGACUACCAUCCCGACCGCACUGGGCCUACAAGGCAAGAAGUCACGAAAGACCCGCCCGAUUAAUCCUGGCAUUGGAACCGGUGAGCGUCUCCAAUUAGGUUAUCCGGCCUUCACGUACAACAACGCCCAGCCGGGCUUCGCAGAACAUGACAUGGAGGAAUACGAUCAUCUAGCAGCCGACCUAGCAUGGUCACGAACGAUAAAGGUCGUGCGAAAAGGUUUCUCGCGGGAAGCUGAUUUGGAGAGAAAAUGGGAGGAGCAUCAGGAGGGAAAGUACUUUGCAUCCAACAUAUCCAAGACUAUGGACGCGUAUGUUUCCCACAAGUCUCCAUCAGUCACAUAUGUCUCAACAUUGAGCGGUGGGAUUGGUACACAAGCUCUCCGUCGUUUCUACGAGCACCACUUCCUCGGCAAGCUUCCUCCCUCGAUGCGGAUUCGUCUUCUGUCACGAACCAUUGGGUCCGACCGUGUCGUUGAUGAGCUGUAUGUGUCUUUUGAACAUUCCCAGGAAGUUCCGUGGAUGCUUCCCGGGGUGCCCCCAACUGGGAAGCGUGUAGAAAUUGUCCUUGUCAGUAUUGUGAGCCUGCGAGCGGGCCGUCUGUACUCGGAGCACACAUACUGGGAUCAGGCCAGUGUGCUCGUUCAAGUCGGCCUCCUAGACCCCAAAAUGGUCCCUCAGUCGGCGCAAGGAGUGGACCGCUUACCCGUUGUCGGUCGCGAGGCUGCUCGUCGCGUUCUUCACGAAGACCCAGAGGUCGAGCAGGAGGACUACCACAAUCGCUUGAUCCGUCGUGCGAAUGCCCGGGCCCGGAAGAACAAGAGUUCCCAGGCGUCGCAGGCAGGAGAUGAGUCUGCUGCUGAGUUGAAGAGCGAGGCGGAGGCCUCAUUGCCCAUCAGGCAGCAAACCAACGGUAAAUCAGUCCAGGAAACCCGAGAAAACAACGAGUCGCAUGGAAAUGGGGAUGAUGACGACGGCGCAGCCACCGAGACUGAGUCAACAGCCAAAUCCAAGUCUGAUGCUGCCGACCGCACUGCAUAUGUCGAGGACGCCGCAGAUGAGAACGGACACUCGUAA